UUGUCGUCCAUCCUCAGUGCUGCUGACGUCACAGCGCGACGCGCCUGCCAAUCUUAGCCUGAGAGACUAAUCGGCGAAUUAUCUGAAACAGACAGACUGUACUAGUUUGUAUUGGCUGUACCACACACUCGCCUUACUUGCCUUCUGUCUGUCAUUCCGCGAAAAAAUAUGGGCUUUUUAAUGUCUAAGUCCUUGGAUGAAAAUAUGAAAAAACAACAGGAAUUUAUGCUACUUAAUUCCCGGCUACAGUUGGAAAGACAGAUUCUGAUGCAAAACCAGAUGCGGGAGCGACAAAUGGCAAUGCAGAUUGCCUGGUCCAGAGAAUUCCUGAAGUAUUAUGGAACCUUUUUUGGAUUGGUGACUGUUGGAUGUACACUAGGGGCAUUGAAAAAAAACAGACCAGCCAUGCUUGUCCCUCUGGUUCCUCUGAGCUUGAUUUUAUUAUACCAAGCAGAUAUGGCAUAUGGGACUUUAUUGACAAGAAUGAAAGCUGAAGCUGAGCAAGUUCUCGACACAGAAAGUUAUCGGCUCCAGCUUCCACAUGGAACCCCCAACUUUGAGAGCAUUGAAAAAGCUAGAAGAGCACAGAGCACCUUUUUCAUUGAGAAAUGAUGUCGGUUGAUGUUCAGUUCAAAAAUACCACCACAGGAAACCAUUCGGAUUCUGUUUAUGACCUAGCCAUAAGGUCAGAAUGUAUGUUUUGUGUUUGAUAAAUCUUAAUCAUCGGCAUGUAAAAUAAGAAGAAUAACAGUAUUGAAAGAAUACAAAUCUUGUUGAAACUUAAUGAUGGCCAUAAGAUGCAUGAAAUGUUAAACUAAUGGAAUCAUUAUUGGUAAUACAUAAAUGGCGCCUUUCGUACUGAACACUAUUGCAGAAGGUUUUAUAUAACAAUAAAGAAUAAUUUUUACAUAAA